UACUUCGCAGUUGUGUUUGAGCUGUCGUGGUGAAAUGUCGCUCUUAACUUGGCCAAUUCUAUGGCUCAUCUGCUGUGUUGUCGCGACUGCAACGCAAUCCUGUGAGAAAGAUGGAGAGCUUAGAUUCAUGUGCCGCGAAUUGAGCAGCCUGAACGAUCUAUUGAACAUAAAAAAUGUAACCAUCGAUCACAUUUAUACACUCAACAUCAGCAAUAAGCAAACCGAGCUCAGCAUUGGAGCACCCAACAGUGGAAUAAACUUGGAACAAUUGAUGAUCUUGGAUCUGUCCCAAGUGCCACGCUUAGUGCUUCUUAGUGGCGGCUUCUCCAAUCUCCCCGAACUACUCUAUCUCAACAUCAGUGGCUGUGCCGUGGAACAACUGCUGAGCUCGCAUUUUGCAGCCAAUUCGGUGCUUAAACUGCUCGACGCCAGUCACAAUGAGCUCAAUGCUCUGACAAAGGAUUUCUUUGUCAAUCUUCCAGAUUUGAUUCUUGCUAAUUUCACUCACAAUGCUCUGAGUCAUGUGGAGUUGCCGCACAUGCUACAUCUGAGAGAGCUUCACCUUGGCAACAAUGACUUGGCAAGUUUGAGCCUGGGCGAUUGUCCGCACUUGCAGCAACUCAUCCUCAACGACAAUCAACUCACUCAGUUGGAUGCAACUUUGCUGCGAGGAUUUCCCGAAUUGUUGGAGCUGGAGCUCAGCGGGAAUUCGAUAACUGAGAUUGGCAAGGACACUUUCCAGCCAUUGAUGCAUCUGCGCAUACUAAAUCUCUCGAUGAAUGCUUUGAGUGCACUUCGUGUCCAAGUCUUUGGCUCAUCAGUUGUGAAGAAAUUUACACUGCAACAAUUGGAUCUCUCACAGAAUAACAUACGUCUGCUCUUCGACAAUCAAUUUCGAUUGUUGGGUGGUCUCCAGAUGCUGGAUUUAUCCGGCAAUAGCAUCGUCAGUCUAAACAGUCUUCACUUUGCAGGGUUGCAAUCCCUACGCAAAUUGUAUUUGCAGUCGAACGAUGUAAUCGAAAUAAAAGAAAACACCUUCUCAGCUCUUGAGGAUCUGGAUACGCUCGACUUGUCGCACAACAGCAUCGAAUACCUGGGCGAGCAUGUCUUUGGCAGUAAGACGCUGCCACGUUUUCGCAAGCUAAACUUAAACGCCAACAAUCUGAAGCAUCUGCACAUCAUGGCCUUCUCUUCGCUGCCCUUCUUGGAGUAUCUCUCGCUGGGCAACAAUGAAUUGCGUCACCUGCACGAGCGCAUCUUUGCUCCCUUGCGACAACUGCAAAAGCUGCAUUUGGGACACAAUCAAUUCACGGAGCUAAGCAAUAAUAUUCUGGAGAGUCUAAACAACAUCACAGAUCUUCUCAUUGAUAACAAUCAGUUGACUUUCCUGCCCGAAUUGAAUGGAAUGCUGCCCCAUUUGCAACGUGUGGCCAUUGAGGGAAAUCCCUGGCAAUGUGCCUGCUUUGCUGAACUGGAGCAUUGGCUGCACUCCAGACAGGUGAAGUAUCUGCGUGAUAACACCGGGUUCUAUAACGGGGAGAAGCCACUUUGCGUGGUCACAACUGUUGAGAAUUGCGUGCGAAAUGUGCUCGACGAUCGACAUCAAGAUGCUAUGGAUGAGUUUGAACAUCAUCUGAAUGGCAAACAAUCUGAGGAGGAAAGUGACGAAGCAGAAUGAUAAUGAUUAAUUGUUAUGAUUAAUUCAUAUUCUAUUAUUAAUGACGCAAUAUUCGAAGAAUUUGUGUAUGCCUAUUUAAAUAGUC